AUGAUGAGGAGGAGGAGGAGGAGGAUGAUGCACUCAACGAAUAGCUCGUUCUCUGAAGAGCGGCGUGACUGUGAACAGGAGCAGCAUGACUGCAAGGAUCAGGUGAGCAGCCUGCUUGAUGAGAAGAACCAGCUUGAAGCCACUCUGAUGGAAGCAAAAAUGGUUAUUCAGCGGCUGCAAGAAACGCUACGUCGAAAGGAUUACAAAAUCUUGAGCUUAAAAGACCUGAUAAGGCAGAGGAAAGACUCCUUCGAUGACCAGGUGAAAGCUUUAGAGGAGCAAAUUCACACCCUCAAACAUCUGCAAAUAGAGCGCAAAGUCAAGGCUCAGCAAAGGGCAGAGUUAAAGAUGGCCAAAGCUCUGCAAAAGGAAGAGAGACAGAGGGCCAGACACGAGUUGAAGAUGGCCGAAGCCCAGCAUAAAUUGAAGGUGAAGAGAGCUGACGCUGAGCAAAAGGCACAGAAACAGAGGGAAAAAGAGGAGCUGAAGAUGGCCGAAGCCCUGCAUAAGUUGAAGGUGAAGAGAGCUGAAGAUGAGCAAAAGGCACAGAAACGGAGGGCUAAAGAGGAGUUGAAGAAGUCUGAAGCCCAGAUCAAGUUAGAGAUAAAGAGAGCCAAGGCCCUGCAAAAGGUCGAAGAAAAGCGACAUAAAGCAGAGCAAAGUUUUAAGGAGAAAUGUGCGAAAGCCCAGCUGAAAAGAGAAGCAGCCCAGCUUAAGCUGGAAAUGAUGAGAGCCAAAGACCAGAAAGAAUUAGACGAACAGAGAGCCAACGUUCAGCUACAGGCAGAAAAGAGAGCGAAAGCUGAGCAAAUGCUCGAAGAAAUGCCACUGAAAGCUGAGCGAAAGCUCGAAGAAAUGCCACUGAAAGCUGAGCAAAUGCUCGAAGAAAUGACACUCAGUGCUGAGCAAAAGACAGAAGUCGACGUGGAAAGAGGGAAGGUUCAGCUACAGGCAGAAAAGAGAGCGAAAGCUGAGCGAAAGCUCGAAGAAAUGCCACUGAAAUCUGAGCAACCGCUCGAAGAAAUGCCCCUGAAAGCUGAGCGAAAGCUCGAAGAAAUGCCCCUGAAAGCUGAGCGAAAGGCAGCUGAAGAAGUCAAGGAAAGAGGGCUGAAGCGCAGACUUGACGAGGCUGAUGAAACCUAAAGGCAGCCGGUAAAGAGGGAACCUAAAGUCAAGCAGAAGUCCAAGCAGGCUGCUCUUUACAUUAAAAUUUCAGCAUAACAAUAUGAGAAAAGGUUUACAAAUGUGCAUUUAUUUCAGAAUUUUGGGAUUUGGCUCAUUCAACAAUGUUGUCGAAAUGGUGGACUCAUUAAUGUAAAUGGAGGGACUAUUUGCACUGGAAUGUACACACCAGGUUUUACAUUUAUGGGAUCAAAAUAUUUGUAUUUAUUGAUUUAUUUUUUAAGAACAAUUGCAUUCAGAGAGGGAGUUUUAGUUUAUUCCUGACUGCAAUUAUAAAUUAUAUAUACAUGUAUGUAUGUGACAUUAAUUACUGAGCCAAAUGAAUAAACAGUCCCCCUGGAGUUGUGUCUUGCUCAAGGACACAAUUGUGGUGACUGUGGGGAUGAA